AUGUCAAACGUAGAAAAUUUGAAACGGGAGCGAACGACGCUCAAAGCACGAGCGACUAGAUUUAAGAGAUUUCUCGAUAAUUAUGCAGACAGCGUCGAGAACAGGUUAAUGCUAGAAGCGAAAUUAGAGAAGUAUAAUGAAUUGUGGAGCGAGUAUCAUGUGAUACAGUCGAAAAUCGAUGAACUUCUUCCCGAAGCCGAUGUCGCGGAACGGGAAAGGUUCGAGGAAUCGUUUUUUAUAGUACAAGCCGCAGCUCGGUCGAAACUCGCGCGGAGUGCUAAUAAUUCAAUAAAUGUUAAUAACUCGACAAAUGCUCAAGUAGAUACACUAUUCGCGAACGCAAAUCAAACACCAGUGCGAUUGCCCGUGAUUUCGUUGCCGACGUUCAGCGGAAAUUAUGAGCAAUGGCAGCAGUUUUACGACAUGUUCAUAGCAUUAGUCCAUAAUCAUAGACAACUAGAUUCAAUUCAAAAGUUUCAUUAUCUGAAAUCCGCACUGUCAGGCUCUGCCGCUCAAGUAAUACACUCAUUGCAAACAACGAAUGAAAAUUAUCCUAUUGCACUUGAAUUAUUAACUAAGCGAUUUCAAAAUUUACGGUUAACUAUACAUUACCAUGUUCAGGAAUUGUUCAAUAUCUCUCCAAUUCCGAAAGAGUCGGCAGAUAUGUUACGAGCGUUGUCAGAUAAUGUUCAGAAACAUUUACGAGUGUUACAGCAAUUAAAGGAACCCGUUGACAAAUGGGAUACGCUCAUAAUUUAUCUGAUUACGAGCAAAUUGGAUUCUACUACGAAGAAGGAAUGGGAGCUGAAAGUGGCUGAGGAGAAGUUAUCAACGAUUAAGCAAUUAAUGGACUUUCUUGACACGCGAUGCCAAUUUCUUGAAAUGCAUCAUCCAGUGCAAGGAAAGGUUUCGAUUCAAAAGCCAAAUCAGGUUAAAACGAACAAGAGUCAAGGUACAAUGGCGCACGUUGCGACAAGUGAAGCAGUCGAGUGUGCUCUUUGUAAGCAGGCGCAUCGAAUACAUGCAUGCAAAAUCUUUAAAGAGUUCUCCUUAGAUUCGCGGCGUAACGAAGUCAAAAGAUUAAAUCUGUGUUACAACUGUUUAGCAUCGAAUCACAUAGUACAAAAAUGCACCUCUCGCGUGUGCAGGCACUGCCCAAAGAGACAUCACACAUUGCUUCACACGGACGAGCGAGUCAGUAUGUCUGUCAAAGAACCAAAUAUGUCAAACGAUAGUGCGGAUAAGUCAAGCGAGACGAAUAAGCAAGCGUGCGAAAAAACGGUCGCAGCUUCCGUGGCCAUGACAUCGAGUGGGCCUAGCCAAAUUAGCUCGAAGGUUCUUUUGUCGACAGCAAUAGUUCACAUCCGGGAUAGUGAAGGCAAAUGGCACAAGGCACUCGCUUUAUUGGAUAACGGAUCACAAUCAAAUUUUGUAACUAAAUCUCUGUGUAAACGGUUGAAACUUAACGUUAAUACAAUUAAAUAUACCAUUUCAUGUCUUAAUGUUUUUGAAACACCAAUCGUCGAAACGACUCAGACUAAUAUAGCAUCCAUGACGACAACAUACGAAACAGACGUUAACCUUCUCGUCGUCAAUCAAAUCACGCGGUCCAUUCCAACCAAACCUAUAAGUACAAAAUCCUUGAGUCUUCCUCAAUGCAUUGACUUAGCAGAUCCAACAUUCUACAAACCACAAGCUGUUGACUUGCUAUUGGGAGCAACGAUCUUCUGGGACAUCCUCGAAACCGAAAGGAUUCAGUUGGGAGCUAGACAACCCAUGUUACAGUCGACAAAGCUGGAAUGGAUAUUAUGCGGACAAGUUGAAUCACCAAACGGUUCGCAAUCUCACAACAAGUUGGUAAUCUGUGAACUUGUUCGUAACGACGAACUUCACACGCAAGUGGAAAAAUUUUGGCACAUAGAAGACAUGCCAGAAACGAAGAUCUUCUCCAAAGAAGAGGUCAAAUGCGAGGAAUUGUUUCAAACGGAACAUAAACGAACGGCUGACGGCAGGUUCGAGGUAGCAUUACCGUUCCGUGAAGACCCAUGCGUUCUGGGAGAGUCAAAGGUCGGUGCACUCAAGCGACUGCAACACUUGGAACGUAAAUUUAAAAGGGAUCCUCAACUACAAGAAAAAUACGUCAACUUUAUGGACGAAUAUAUCAAACUCGGUCACAUAUCAGCGCUGCCGGACGCAGAAAACACGGAAGUAAAUUAUCUACCGCAUCACUCAGUACUCAAGGAGGAAUCAGUGUCGACGAAACUCCGAGUAGUUUUCGACGCUUCUAGUCCUACUACCUCCGGGAAAUCCUUAAACGACUGCCUAAUGGUAAGACCUACCAUUCAAACGGAGUUGUUUGAAAUAUUGUUGCGGUUUCGACAGCAUCCUUACGUAUUAAUAGGCGAUAUCGUUAAGAUGUACCGGCAGAUCAUGAUUCAGCCAGAGCAUCGACGAUACCAAUGCAUUCUUUGGAGAGCACGUCCUGAAGAGCCCGUAACGACAUUCAGCUUAAACACGGUUACGUACGGAACUGCUUCAGCACCGUUCUUAGCUAUACGCUCAGUGCAACAAUUGGCUUUUGAAUUUGAGGCAAGUCAUCCUCGCGCCUCUGUGAUUAUCAGUCGUGAUUUCUUUGUCGACGACAUGAUCACUGGAGAGUCAUCAAUACAAGGACUGUUGGAGAUCAAGUCACAGGUUACGAACAUACUGAAAUCAGCAGGAUUCGAGUUGGCAAAAUUCCGAUCAAACAUUUCUCUUGAUCAAAAUCAAUAUUCGGAUCGCUACGACCUUACAGACAUAAAGGUGCUGGGACUGUUGUGGCAGGCUACUACUGACUUCUUGAGAUAUGAAACGAAGAUUAAAUUCAAGCCGGAAAAUAUUACAAGCGGACUAUAUUGUCAAUGA